AAAAAGCGACUAACAGGAAGUGCUACAUAAUCACUAGCAAAGCUCCCUAGUUAGAUUUGGGAGCUAGGUUAAAGAUAAGUUAGCUUUUGGAGCGAAGUUGAGGAUAGUAUCGAUAUAAUGCUCAACGACAGAGAGCUGGCGACGUUGCGGAAUAGAUUUAAGAGAGAUGCGGAGUUUCUUAUGCAAGCAACCACACCGGGUGAUGAAGAUGAAAAGAGUCAGGAGGAAAAAGAUGCCAAACCACUCCCUCGCAUUAACAGACACACCAUUUUCUGGAUUGUGGCGUCUGUAGGUGUGACCUAUUAUGUGGAUUUCCUCUACAACAUCAUGGAGAAUAAUGAUAUCAAAAGUUGGUGGUUCAAUGUGGGUCUGGUGCUCCUAGGGAUUUGCCUGUCUCUGGCCAUGUUUUGCAUUGUGUACCUGGAGUGGUUCAAAGGCAUCCAGCACUAUGACCAAAAGUACCCUGCGAUUCCUCCCAUCACCACUGCAGCCUUCAUUGCUGCAUCAUGCAGCUUUAACGUAGCACUGUGGCCAGUGUGGUCCUUCUUCACUCCACUCAUCCUCUUCACACAGUUUAUGGGUGUAGUCAUGUUCAUCUCUCUGCUUGGAUGAAUGUGACAGGUGAGGAUGUACUUUAAAUUGAACUGUGCUGUGAUGUUAUACAAGAUGUGCUUUCAUUGAAUGAACAACAUGUCUUUAAAUUGCUGACCAUAUUGUAUAUAUGACAUGAAAUUAAACAAGUUUAUUUAAUAUCAUCUUCUUUUUUGUUUUGAAGCUUCAGAAUUGCAUCUUGUUAAAUACAAUGUAGAGUUCAGUUUUUCUCUGUUUCAUACACAACCCAUUUCUCACUUCAUACGGUAAAUACACCUUGAAAAAUACUCAUAGAAACUCCUGCCUUAUCUUUUCAAAAACUUGCCAUAAUCUUAUACUGCUAUCAAUCAAUCCACACACAUUAUUUUUUGGAAACAAUUUUAUCAGCUCUAAACACAAUGCUCAUCAUUUAAAAUGCAACUGUCAUUCUGUGUAAGGGAAGUGUUUGGUAGAUAAACAUUCAAAGUCUGCAGUAUUGGCCUUGUGAAACUUUAUUCAUAGUAAACUCUGUUCUUACAUACAUAUACAUUCAGCUUGCACCCAUACAGCUGUUGUCAUCCUGCACUCAUGGUUUUGGCUGGUGCAUGUUGGCAUCAUCGCAUCAUUGUGGUGUUGGUGUCCUGAGAGCUGAGCAGUUUCACUUUGAGUUUUCAUUGUGGUGCUUUCUUCAAAGAAAAAUUGUAAUUAAUGAUUGCAACUAAGAAAUCCAAUGCAUUGUGUUUAGUGUUUGGCCAAGAGUGCAUAAGAGUUCUGAAGUAAUGAAUACUUUGAGUGUAGGCCUUUCUCACAGCAGACAUUUUGACUUGUAAUGGUAGGAAAACAAUGGAUCUGUUCUGUUCCCAGGAAGCCAUGAUAGAUUGGCGGGGUUUAAGAGUUAGAUUUAAGUUCAAACAAUGUUAAUAAAUGUUAUUUUUAUUAAAGUGGUUGGUGGUGAACUUCUGCA